AUGGCAUCUCUGAAAUACAUAGGUAUUAUCUGCACUAAAUUUGGUCUCAUCUUGGUUGACUGACAAUUUUAAAAAUAUGGCAUUUUUGUGAGUAAUGUUUUCUCAUUGAUUCCUUCCUGUUUUAGGUUUGGUCUUUUCAAAUGGUCACACCUGGAAGCAGCAGAGACGGUUCAGUGUCAUUACUUUGCGGAAGCUGGGUCUGGGGAAGAAAGGCAUGGAGUUCCAAAUACAAGAGGAAGCCCAUCGUCUUGUAGAGGUCUUUGCACAUGCAAAAGGUAUGUGAUAUUACUGUAUUUACAUGAAUCUAAUGCACCCUCCAAUCUAAUGAACACUUCAGUUUUCAAAACCCUGAAACCAAAAAAAAAUUGCUGGCAAAUGCAAAUGCGCCAUCAAAUCUAAUGUGCACCCUAAUUUUCACACUGUAAUUUGGCCAAAAAAGGUGCACAUUACUUUCACGUAAAUAUGGUAAGUAAUGAUGCUGAUACCUAUCCCAGUUUGCAGCGAUCUUUAUGCACAAUCUCUGCACAUUUUGGAAUGGAAUUUUAUACGUUUUCACUUUUAUUCAAAUAUUUUUAAAAUAGCAAUUGAUCUUAGCAGCUUUCCGAGAUAUAAAUGUAAAUGAUUUCAUUUGCAGGGCAACCACAUGAUUUUUCCCUCCCCAUCACUAAUGCAGUGUCCAGCUUGAUAUGUGUUUUGGCUUUUGGAUACCGAUUUUCUCUUGAAGAUGAAAAAUUCCAAAAAUUGAUCGAUGCCGUUGAUUGCAUCUUGAAAGAUUCAAAUAACUUACUUCACCUGGUGAGUAGACUUUUGAUUCCCAGAGGCCCUAACUCAAAUAAGCAUUUGCAGAACAUUAUGGCAGUACUCCUAAAUCUUAGGGCUCAUCUACACUUCCAUUUGUCCUGCAGGUUUCUCCCCCUGAAAAACCUGCUGUUCACCACUGAAUUGGAACAAAUGUCAGUUGCUUUUUCUGUGAGUUGUUGUUCCAAUUCAGUGAUAAACAGUGGGUUUUCCUGGGGAAAGUGGCAGGAAAAUGAAAAACCGUUUGGAUCUGUGUCUAGAAAGCAGGACACAAGCAGAAGUGUGCUUGAGCCCUCAGAGUACUCGAUUCAUUGGAGGGAUAUGUGAAUUUAAAUCCGGGUUGGAUGCCUCCUUCCAGCAACUUCUGCAGCCAAGCUGAUACCAAGGAAGGAAAGUCCACAACCUCCUGAGGGAGUCCAUUCCACUGUCAAACAGCUCUUACUGUCAGAAAGUUCUUCCUGAUGUUCAGUCAGAAUCUCCUUUCUUGAAAAUUGAAGCCUUUGGUUCAAGUCCUACCCUUUGCAGCAGGGUAUAAUAAUAAUAAUAAUAAUAAUAAUAAUAAUAAUAAUAAAAUAAUAAUAAUAACAAUAAUAAUCGUUAUUUUUUUAGGAAAAAAAGGUGCCACAACUCACCAUUAACGCCUCCCUUGUUUUCUUAUAAUGGCAAUGGUGCCAAGCUAAGAGGUGCCGGAACUGAGAUCUAGUGAGUUUCAGCUGAACCUGAUUAUUAUUAUUAUUAUAGGAGAAAACAAGCUGGCUCCAUUUUCUUUGUGACAGCUACAAAUCCACCUGUUGCCUCAUUCAACCCAUGUUUUAUGAGUUUUGUCGCAAGAAUAUCAUGGGUGACUUUGUCAAAAGCCUUACUGAAAUCAAGAUACACUAUAACCACAACAUUCCCCUGAUUCACCAAGCUUGUAACUCCAUCAAAAAGAGAAAUGAGAUUCAUCUGGCAUGGCUUACUUUUGAGAAACCCAUGCUGGGUCUUAGUAAUCACAGCAUCCUUUACUAAGUGCUCACAGACCGACUGCUGAAUGAAUGAAUGCUGCACUAAACUCUUUGCAACAAAAAUGAACCAAAAUGUGAAAAUAAUUCACCUUAGCACUGUGUCCUUAAGCUUUGAUAGUUCACAUAAAUUUAAUACAUAUAUACCUCACUUUUCUCUAAAGUAUUCAAAGAGGCUAAAGAGAAACCAGGAAUGAACAAAAAAACCCCACAAAAAUUCAGAAGCAAUAUAAUCAUAACUUCAACACCUUUUAAAAACUUAUUAAAAUAAUAUGUAGCAGAAUCAGAACAGACAGGUUAGUUAAGUUCAGAACACAGCAGCAUCUAUCCAUCAACAGAUCAUCUUCAGAACCAUGUUUAUUCACUUAAACAGAAAAGUUUAGGAGGAACUACCUAGAAAGGGUAUUUCAUGUUUUUGCUGCCACUAUGGGAAAUUCUCCAAGAAUUCUGCCAGCUGCUCUAUUUCUAAUGGUGAUGGGACCCAGAGCAGGGCUCAGAGAUGGAAGUUGUGGUUCUGAAAGGAGAAUACAGCUUUAGGGACCCUGGUCCUGGGUCAUGAAGGGCUUAAAAAUACGUAAGAAUGGUGUAAAAUGAAUGUUAUAUGAACUGACUGCUGGCAGCUGCAUUUUUGUACUGGUUAAACAUCCCAACCUAUCUUCUAGUGUGGUCCUAUUUAGUAUGCCCAAUUCACUGCCAGCUGAAGUGAUGUAAAAGCACUCUGCCACCUGCCACCCGGGAGUAACUCUGGGUCGAAGAGCGCCCACAGACAUUUAGCCACAGCCUCAAUAAUAAUCCAGGCCAUGAUGCUCAAGUGCCAGUCCAAAUGAGUUUGUUGAUAGACCUUGUUACCAAACCAAUUUGUGGUAGUGACUUGUGGUUUUUGCUUUCUCCUCCUCUGCAGCUGUAUGAAGUCUUCCCAUGGCUCAUGAAACAUUUCCCAGGGCCUCAUAGGAAGUUAUUUGCCUCCGCAGACUUGGUACUUUCAUUUGCAAAGGAGGAGUUAGAAAGGCACAAAGAGCAACAAAAGGAUGAGCCACAGGAUUUCAUUGAUUUCUAUCUACUUCAGAUGGAGAAAGUAAGCAUCCACUGUCAACUCCAGGCACUUGGGGCCUGUCCACACUACAAUGUGUGUUUGUGUCUGAGUUCCCACUUACUUUGUGUAGUCCAGAUGAAGUUACCCUCAAACAGCACCGUCUUGAUUCUUUCCCUCUGUAAAUUUGGGUGUACCUAAUACAGGGAUAAUUCAAUAUACAGUUGUACCUUGGUUCCCAAAGGGAAUCCAUUCCGGAAGUCUAUUCGACUUCCAAAACGUUUGAAAACCAAGGUGCAGCUUCUGACUGGCUGCAGGAACUUCCAGAUUUGCAGCAUUUGGGAGCCAAGACAUUCGAGCCAUAAGGCGUUCGACAACUAAGGUACGACUGUAUUGGGGGAAAUUGGACUUUAAAUUGCUUCAUUUGGGGUAAUAGAUGAUUUAUUGUGGUGGUUUUGGUUGGGUGGAUCAAUAAUCACUUUUUGCUGCUCAGAGUGGGCAGGGUAUAAAUAAUAUAUGAUGAUGAUGAUGAUGAUGAUGAUGAUGAUGUCCUUUCAGCCUCCUUUUCUACUCUAGCCAGCUUCAUUUCAUUUUGGGGUGGGGUGGGGUGGUCAGACAACAAAGCCACAGAGCCAUUCAGAAGUGUAGAAAGUCCCUGAUCUGCUCUGAGAUGCCUUGUUAGUGGUGUGAUCUGAUUCAGAAAAACAUUUCCAAGAUCACCCCAGUUCACCUUGUAAUUUCAGGUACACAAACAGACAAUGCAAACCACUAUUAAAUAAGUUUGGGAGAGCAUACCCAUAAACUUGCACUGGAUUUGUGCAGAUGAUGCCACUGUUUUUGCACCAUCACCCCAAUUUUUUUUUGGAAAGCUGACUUGGAAAGGGCUGUGGUUUCUUUUUAUUAUCUCUUAUUCUGCAUGUCUUCAGAAGGGUGUUGGAGAGAUCCUUUCUUACUCCAGUCUAUGACUGUCCAAGUAUCUUCCUGCACACUCAGCUGUAAAACAUAUUAUUAGGUGUUGUGAUAGGAAGACACCCCCCACCCCAAGGUCAGAUAGAUUUUGUGUGGCCUGUAAAUAAUUCCAACAUUUCACUUUUUCCAUUAUCGUCAAUAGAGCAAGGAUGACCCCAACUCUACCUAUGAUGAAGACAACCUGGCAGAGUGUGUUCUUGACCUCUUUAUCGCAGGGACAGAGACGACUGCUGCUACUCUGCAAUGGGGACUGCUCCUCAUGGUGUCUUAUCCAGAUGUUCAAGGUGAGGGAGAACUUUGCAAUGGAAGCAAGCACCUCUCUAGAUCCCUGUAGGGAAGAGCUUAGAUUUAUUGCUUUUUUAGUAGCAGGUUGCGAUUCUUCCAAGGUGUCAUAAUGGGUGGAUGACAAAUAUAUGUUCAGAGCACAAUUAUUUUCUCAAGAGCAACCAGAAUGCCCCAUGAUCAGCUUGGGAGAAUCUGUACCCAGUUCUCCCCAGUAAAAAUGCAACAAAUUAUCCACCAAAUCACAAAGUUCCCACAGUGGCCAACCAGGUGCGUAUGGGAAGCUUGUGAACAGGACCAGAUUGGAACAGUAUUCUCUGUACUUGUGAUUCCCACCAACUGGUAUUUACAGACAUACUGUAUUUUUUGCCCCAUAGGGCGCACUGGCCCAUAGGACGCACCUAGUUUUUUUUUUGGGGGGGGGGGAAUAAAGUAAAUAAUUUUUAUUUUCCCUCCAGGCGCAGGGCUGGGGCGGGGGAAGCCCGAGCUUCCCCCGACCCCAGCCCCCAGAACAGGGGGCUCCCGCCGGGCUCCCACGCCUUGCGGAUAUCUGCCUGAAGCCCAAACCAGGUCGGGGAACAGCGGGAUGGUGGCGCUCUGCCUCCCCGCUGUCCCCUAAGCUUGUGGGGCUGGCGGCAGGGAGAAGCGCGCUUCUCCCCACCGCCAGCCUCCAAACCAGGUCGGGGAACUGAAGCCCGGGGCGCACUGUGCAGCGCGCCCCAGGCUUUGAGAUGCAGGCUGCUAUCCGCAAGCCUAGGGAGCCCGACGGGAACUCCCGCGGGCUCCCAAGGCUUGCGGAGAGCUUCCUGAAGCCUGGAGAGCAAGCGGGGUCGGUGCGCACCGACCCCUCUCGCUCUCCAGGCUUCAGCUAAAGCCUGCAUUCGCCCCAUAGGACGCACACACAUUUCCCCUUCAUUUUUGGAAGGGAAAAAGUGCGUCCUAUAGGGCAAAAAAUACGGUACUACUUUUUACACUGGAGGGAUGAGGGAGAACAUAUCCAUAAUGUUUAUCAGUCAUUGAUAGCCUUACCCUCUAAAAAAAUCAUCAAAUCCGAUUCUAAAGCCAUUCAAGUGAGUGGGCAUCACAUCUUGUGGGAAUAAAUUCCAGAAUUUAACUCUGUGCUAUAGGAAGAAGACCUGGGACGCGGGUGGCGCUGUGGGUUAAACCACAGAACCUAGGACUUGCUGUUCAGAAGUUCAGCGGUUCGAAUCCCCGCAACGGGGUGAGCUCCCGUUGCUCGGUCCCUGCUCAUGUCAACCCAGCAGUUCAAAAGCGCAUCAAAGUGCAAGUAGAUAAAUAGGUACCGCUCCAGUGGGAAGGUAAACUGUGUUUCCAUGCGCUGCUCUGGUUUGUCAGAAGCAGCUUAGUCAUGCUGGCCACAUGACCCGGAAGCUGUACGCCGGCUCCCUUGGUCAAUAAAGCGAGAUGAGCGCCGCAACCCCAGAGUCGGCCACGACUGGACCUAAUGGUCAAGGGUCCCUUUACCUUAUAUGAAGAAGUACUUUCCUUACCCUUUCCUGAAUCUUCCAACGGCAGCCACAGGUAUUUGCCUUGGGGUAUGGCUGAGCAGGGCACAGUGUGGGUCGCCACUGUGGCCAAGCAACCACUUUGCCAGGAGGAAGACAGGGGGAAAUGGGCAGCCAUAGAAUUGUGCUAACUAGCCUCCAUGCACUGGCUGCAAUCCUGUUCUGUGUGGGAGAGAAGCCAGGCACUGAGUUUCAGUAAGGGCAGAACUGAGUGGGUGAAAGAAACAUUUGAUCUGGCUCCUGGUGAAAUAGUCUUCCCAGAGAGUAAGGAACUCCCCUCUGAAUUUGUGGAAACAUGAGAAACUGGCUGCUGCUGAGUCAGGGCCAGGGUCCAUCCAGCUCAGUAUUGCCUACACUGGCUGCCAUCAGCUCUCCGGGAUUUCAGGGAAGGAACAUUCCCAGCCCUACCUGGAGAUUCUGGGAAUUGAAUCACGGACCUUCUGCAUGCAAAGCAGAUGUUCUACCACAGAGCAAUAGACCUUUUCCACAUGCAGCUGCAUUCAAGGUAUUUAAUUGUUAACUUCUUAUUUUCAGGGUGCCGCCAGCAUCUACCAAUGAGCCUCACUUAAUAUACUGGGGUCUUUUCAUCCCACCCUCUACAGUCUAGUUGCUGUGUGUUUCUCAGAUUAAAACUAGUGGAUUUUAAAAUAUGGUAAAGCUUCAUUUCCCACUUUUUCCUGCAGAUAAAGUCUACAAGGAGAUGGAAGAUGUUUUAGGUUCCUCCCUUCCCAUUUGCUAUGAAGAUCGAAAGAAACUGCCUUACACCAACGCGGUGAUGCAUGAAAUUUUGCGUGCAAAAUAUCCCUUAUUAUUUGGGAUUCCCAGGCGAAGUGCAAAGGAUAUGGAAAUGCAUGGUUUUCACAUUCCAAAGGUACAGGAUAUAGAUAAGGCAACAGCUGUAUAUUUUGAAAGCAAAGAGCACCUGAUAGUGGCACUUUAAAUGCACACAUGUAGCACAAAAUCUGAGGGAGAAGGAUCUCCCCUCUCUCGAAAAAAAAAAUAUCUGAAGAUUAAUAACCUGAAAGUUAAAAAAUUCUAUUAUGACAAAUACAAGGAACAGACUAUUGCAUAAGUGAUCUGGAAUGAGAGGAUGAACCCCAAACACAUAACAAGUUUUAUCAAGAUACAUAUAAUCAUAGAAUUGUAGAGUUGGAAGGGACGCUGAGGGUCAUCUAGUCCAACUCCUUGCAAUACAGGAAUCUCAACUACAACAUCCAUAACAGAUGGUCAUCUAACCUCCAAAGGCAUAAAAACUUGCAAGGAAAGUAUCCAGUACAAGAAUCCCUUGACCUGCUUUCCUAUAAUUUGGCUUUUUCCACCUGUGAGGGAUUAGCAAUGCAUGCCAAUCUCAUUCACUUCUGUCAAAAGGGAAAGAAAAGUUAUAUACCGUAUUUUUUGCUCUAUAAGACUCACUUUUUCCCUCCUAAAAAGUAAGGGGAAAUGUGCGUGCGUCUUAUAGAGCGAAUGCAGGCUGCACAGCUAUCCCAGAAGCCAGAACAGCAAGAGGGAUUGCUGCUUUCACUGCGCAGUGAUCCCUCUUGCUGUUCUGGCUUCUGAGAUUCAGAAUAUUUUUUUUCUUGUUUUCCUCCUCCAAAAACUAGGUGCGUCUUGUGGUCUGGUGCGUCUUAUAGAGCGAAAAAUACGGCAAUUCCCAACAACAAAUUGAAGCAGAAGGAGAGCAGACUCAAACACGCCCUGUGUUUUUUUUAAAUGAUAUUUAUUGAUUUUUUUUAAAUUACACAAAAAAAGACAAGACAGAAAAAUAAAAAUAAAACCAUCAUUCUCAAAUUCUCCCCUUUCAAUACCUUCUUUCUUUGACCUCCUCCUCCUCCCUUUUCUUGUAUCCUGAUUAAUAAUAAUAGCAGCAAAUCCUUUCCAUAAUUCAUAGUAUUCUGUCAUUACAUUACCUUAAUCUAUUUUCAUCUUAUCUUAUAGAAAACCUUAAAGUUUAAAACUUAAAUCUUAUUUUUACCAACUUCUCCUAACCAUAACAUUCUUACCAAAUUCUUUAGACAUUUUUACAAGAGCCAAGUAAUUUCAUUUCAACAUUUUUCUAGCAUUCAUCAAUUUUAUAGAACAAUCCUAAUGAUAAUAAAAAAAAGAAAUAAACAAUCCAAUCUUCAUCCAGCGUCCCUUCCUCCUGGUCCCGGGUUUUGUCAGUCCUUUUUAUCCUAUUAAUCUAGCACAUUAACCUGGUAAUCUUAUAUCCGAGGCCCUCAAGUCUCUUGCAUGGAAGAGACAAACACGCCCUGUGUUGAACUCAGCAGCCUCUGAUGUGCCUUGGGCUGACACACACUAUAUUCUGAUGCACCAAAUCAGAAUUAGAAUUAUAUAUUGUGAUUAUUGUACACCAUAAAUAUAGACUGUAUCAUGGUAUGUUAGAAAUGUGUUAAGAUUGAUUACUGGGGCAGUGAAUGGCAAAACUGUUUUGUGCUGGUCCAGAUGCAUUCUGAGCCAACUGUUUCUUCUUUUCAGAGGACACAUGUUAUUACUGAUCUGAACUCUGUUCUUGUCGAUCCCACACGAUGGGAAACACCUGAAGAGUUCAACCCGCACCAUUUUUUGGACACGGAUGGAAAUUUUAGGUCUAGAGAAGAAUACCUGCCAUUUGGAGCAGGUAAACGUAGAAAUAAUCAUGGACACAUUUAGUAGCUUGUUUCAAACAAGUGAAUGGUCAAAGGUGAUUAAACAGAGGGAGGGCCAUGAAUGGAUCCCCUGUGGUUUAAAAAUCAGGUUGGAGUGAUAGUGUUGAGAGAGCAAUGAAUUUAACAUUCUUCUUCCACACCAUUUUCCAAUCUGAAUUCUCCCUCCAUAGAGUAGGGGGUAUCUCUCCAGAUGUUGUUGGGCUACAACGUCCAUCAUCCAUGACUCUUGCCCAUGCUGGCUGGAGCUGAUAGGAGUUGUAGUGGCACUUGGAGGGUAACACAUUGGCUAUCCCUGCUUUGGCGCAAACAGCAUCUCUGGAAGAGCAAUUUAGUUUAGGGAAAUGGUUUAAGAGGGGAAGGGUUAAAAUCUUCACUCUCCUAGAAUUAAAGCCCCAAUCAGAAUUGGGGGAUCCAGUGGCUAUAUAUAUUUAUCUAUUGCAGUUUUCUUCCUUUUUUAUUUACAAAAUUAUAUGCUGAAAGUUUCAUAAAAUUCCAAAAAUUAUUAACAUAAAAUGAUGAAUUAGUUAUAAACUGUAACUCUGUUGUAAAUUGCAUCCACUUCCAUGUACAAAAUAUUUUUUUCUCUAUGGCUGCUGCAGAAGGUGAGCCCAGAACAACCAGCUGCUCCAGCCUCUUCUUGCUCUCUUUCCAUCUCUCUCUCUCCAUUUCUUCUUUUUGUUGUAAGGAGCAUCGCAUCCUAUAGUCGCCUUUGACCGGAUCUCCAUCAUGAGAUCCAGUGUGGUGUAGUGGUUAAGAGCGGUAGUCACGUAAUCUGGGGAACUGGGUUCGCGUCUCCGCUCCUCCACAUGCAGCUGCUGGGUGACCUUGGGCCAGUCACACUUCUUUGAAGUCUCUCAGCCCCACUCACCUCACAGAGUGUUUGUUGUGGGGGAGGAAGGGAAAGGAGAUUGUUAGCCGCUUUGAGACUCCUGAAGGGGAGUGAAAGGCGGGAUAUCAAAUCCAAACUACUCUUCUUCUUCUUCUUCUUCUUCUUCUUCUUCUUCUUCUUCUUCUUCUUCCAUCACUGUGGCAGCUGCCUCUAUUGGCCACCAGGUGUCUCCUCUGAGAUGUUGGGGAUUCACCCACAGGCAAUGUGUGCACUUUGAUUAUUCCUUCCCUUAAGCCAGGGGUCGGCAAGGUUUACCGGCCAUGAGCCGGAUCACUCCCACGGAGAUCGUCUGUGGGCCGGACUGGCGCAGCGCGACGCCGGAAAUCGUGUCUGCGCAUGCCCAGACGCCAAAAAUCACACCUGCGCAGAAGCAAUUUUCGGCAUCUGGACAUGCGCAGACGCGAUUUCCAGUAUCUGGACAUGCGCAGACACAAUUUCUGGUGCCGGGCGUGUCCCUGUGCCGUGCUGCACUGGUUUAGUGCAGUGCGCGGGGGACUUGUUGAGCGGAUGGCUUGGUUCAGGGGCAGCUCGUAGGAUGGUAAAGUGGUCUUCAUGGGCCGCACAUUGCUGACCCCUGCCUUAAGCUGUUCUGGCAGUAGUUGGACCUGCUUUCCCAAAGUAAUACAUAUAGUGAUACAGCCAUGACCUGUAUGCUCCAUAUCCAAAUUCUCACUCUUCUUUCAAGUUUAGUCUUCCUUUGGGAACUGCAGCCACUCAAGGUCAGCUUCCAGUAUUUCCUGGAGCAAAGCCAGGAUCCUUAGGAUGUCAACCCAGAGGAUUCAAGGGAGAUACUUUGGGAGUAGCUGUUUUCCAGCUUUUUGUUGUUGUUGUGGCUAAAACUACUAGCUGAGCAAACCAGCUGAACUGGAGAAUACAUGGAGUUGGUUAUGUCUCACUUGCUGCUUCCCCCUUCUUUCUUCUGCAGGGGCUCGAGCCUGUGUGGGAGAGCAGAUGGCCAAGAUGGAGAUAUUCAUCUUCCUAACCACCCUGUUGAGGGCAUUCCGCUUCCAGCUGCCAGAAGGAGUGAAAGAACUCAAUAAAAAGCCUGUUUUGGGGCUGACAUUGCACCCCCACCCUCACAAACUCUGUGCUAUUCCCCGCUGCAGUGCAUCAGGAAGCAUAUAA